AUGGGGUUCUCGUCCCUUCCAUAUGCUGCUUUUCUGGUAGCGUCCUUGUUCGUUUACUUUGUUGCAUGGCCGCUGGUAGGAUAUUUCCGCGACCCGAAAGGAUUGCGCAAAUUCCCCAACAUGUCGAUGUUUUCAGGAGUCAGCUCCAUUCCAAUGAUGAUCCUGGCCCAUACUGGUGCGAGGUCGACGCAUCUGACGGAAAUGCACAAGAAAUAUCCUGUGAUCCGCGUUGCUCCCAAUACUCUUUCAUACGGGGACGUUAGAGCUAUCAAGGAUAUAUAUGGCCACAACACUCCUUGCAUCAAGGAUCCUUCUUAUGUCCUCUUUUCGGGCAGCCAUUUUCACCUGGCCGAUGUGAUAGACCGCAACGACCAUGGCCGUAAACGCAAAGUCCUGUCAUCAGCAUAUGCGAUCAAGAAUCUCGAGCAAUGGGAGCAUAAAGUGGCUGACAAGAUGAGCCGGGUCAUUAAGCAUUUCGAUCAAUGCUGUACUACGCCCCUGCAACAGAGCGAGAGAAUGCCGGCCCCAGAAGACGUCAACCUGGAUUUUCGCGCGUGGAUGAACUUCUUCAGUCUUGACGCCAUUUCCGAUAUAGGUCUUUCGGAUCCGCUCGGCUUUCUCGACAAAGGUCAUUCGCGCAUGGUCGCUCGCCGGACAGAUGGAACGCAGUAUGAAGCGGACAUGCGGGACUGCCUGUAUAAAAUGGCCCACAAACAGUCUCUUCUUAUCUGGCCAUAUGCAUGGUACCCGUUCCUUAACAAGAUUGCCGAUAUAAUCCCUUUCUAUGGUCGAAUGGGUGCCCUACAUCGACAAUGGGAGGGAAUCCCGCUGGAACUCGCAGCUCGCCGCCUAGAGCGCUAUCAACGAGGUGAGAAGCUUGACGACUUUUUCCAAGCACUUAUGGAGGACAAGAGCUCUCGUCCGAACAAUCUCGAAUGGGGCGAGAUAGUGGCUGAAGUCAGCAUCAUGCUGAACGCUGGAUCGGUAACCACGGCCAUCGCGAUAACGAACGUGAUGUUCCAACUGCUCAAGAAUCCAGAGUGUCUACGCAAAGUCAGAGAAGAGAUCGACGCUGCCCUAGACGCCGAUGAGGAUGAAGACAGCGAGUCUGCGCGGGGCUACUACGAAGACGGAGUCAUUGCGUAUGACCGGCUCAAACACCUGCCCUACCUCCGUGCUUGCCUUGACGAAUCUCUCCGCCUGUUCCCUCCGACAGUACACGGAUUGCUGCGACUGACGCCUCCAGAAGGCAUGAGAAUCGUGGAUGAUUUCAUUGCAGGCGGAGUAUCGGUGAUGAUGUCCGCCUUGACGGCUCACCGGGAUCCUAACAUCUUCCCUCAGCCGGAAAAGUACAUCCCGGAGCGAUGGCUGGGGGAAUCGGGCAAGGCACUCCAACCGUAUUUCCUGGCAUUCAGUGCAGGGGCAAGAGGCUGUAUUGGGCGCAACAUCAGCUAUUUGGAACAGACGGUGGCCAUGGGGACAUUGUUGAGAAGAUACGACUUUGCCUUGAAAAGCCCUGACUGGGAGAUCGAGAGGCUGGAGACGCUGAACUGGAUUUUGGGUGAGAUGCCAGUCAAGGUUUGGAGGAGGAAACGGGAGAAGCAACUUUGUGAAUUGGACCUGCCAAUGUAA